CAGACAGCUGCUGGGCUGCUUGCUGCAGCGCUGCCAGCCCGAGCCAAGCGGGGACGCUGAGGCCAUCCCUGCUGCUGGAGACGCCGUUCCUUCCUCACAGAGUGCAGCUGACAGCUACCUGUAGGGGUUGGUUAUGGCUGUGAUUUAUCAAGCAGUGUAUAGAAGAGCUUCCUCUCUCAUCUCCAGGUUACACUCCACCUAUGUUAGAAAAAUGAGAUACUUAAAUGAGCUAAAGGAAGAUGAUAGCCUUUGUAGACAAGCCCAGGCCUCAGGAGCUUUCUACCUCUUUCACAGUCUCUUCCCCUUCCUGCAGAAAGUUGGGCAGAAAUAUGUGGUACCACAGCUCAGUGCAGCAGAGAUGAAAAGACUCGUGGAGAAAUUGAAAGAGACUGAACAGUGGAUAGAGAAGUCGGUGCUGAUCGGAUGUUCAGACGAGCACGUACCCCACUUUGCCCUGGAUUUAGGAGCCCUGGAGAAAUCAGUCAUUGAGUCUGAACUCAAGGGAUCAUUUACUGACUUACAAAAAGCCCUCUUUGUAGUGGACGGGAAGGAUUCUUCUUUGCUGGCUUCGGCCCAUUCCCUUCUCCGCUGGCACGAUUCCCACCAGUACUGUAGCAAAACUGGGCAGCCCACUCAGAAAAACACAGCUGGCAGCAAGCGUGUUUGCCCUGUCAGUGGAAUAACUUACUAUCCACAGAUGUCUCCAGUGGUGAUCACGUUGGUGUCUGAUGGGAGCCGGUGCCUCCUGGCACGCCAGCCCUCAUUUCCCCAGGGGAUGUACACAGCCCUUUCAGGCUUCUGUGACAUGGGUGAAAAUGUGGAGGAGACAGUCCGGCGAGAGGUGGCAGAAGAGGUGGGCUUGGAGGUGGAGUCACUCUGGUACUCAUCAUCUCAGCAUUGGCCCUUUCCCAGCAGCUGCUUAAUGAUAGCUUGUCACGCCUUGGUGAGAGCACAGAAGGCUGAGAUCAACAUAAACAGACUGGAACUAGAGGAAGCCCAUUGGUUUGGCCUGGAGGAAAUCAUAGAGGGUCUCAAGAGAGGGCCCAGAUCUUCAAAGCAAGACGAUGGUACUUUUUUACCCUGGUUCCCUCCCAAACAGGCCAUUGCUCACCAGCUGAUUGAUGAGUGGGUUAAGCAGCAGACUUCCCUGACAGCUUAGGCAUGACUUCAUCAAGUUUGCAAUUCUGCCAGAGCUAAGAAAGCUGGAUACAAAAGCUUCUGAAGUUACUGAAAGCAAAGUCUGUGUUACAGUGAGGAGAGCACCAGACUGAUAGCAGUCCCACACUCAGAUACAUAGUCCUACAAAGCCAUUUCUAAACUGAUCACCCUGAGACAAUUGCAGGUGCACUGGAUCAUCUUGAGAUCCCAUGAGACUUGCAGUAACAGUACAAUACAACUCAUAGUCCUAAAACAUCAAACUGACUGUGACCAGCUGCUAUUGUUGCCCAGCAGGCAAAAAACCAGUGAGCCCCUGGCACCUAUGUCCCAUUUUCCUCCAUUUUAUCCAUCUUGUCUGGAUACGAAAUGCACAGUUUUCCCAGGAAUAAGGGACAGUAGUGCUUUUCAGUGUACCCAUUUAUACACAGCUGGAAGAACUAUCAAAAA